UGCAGUGCCUCAAAUGCGCCACUGGGGGUCAAAGUUGAACAGUUCGCCUUUCAAGAUGGCGGCCGAACCAGCACGGGAGUGGAACGAUGAGCAGCUCAAAAGUGACGAUUUGCCCAAAAAAGACAUAAUCAAAUUCAUCCAGGACAAUGCAGCCCACUCGUUCCUUAACGAGCACAAGCUGCUGGGCAACAUCAAAAAUGUCUCCAAAACGGCCAAGAAAGAGCAACUGAUCAUCGCUUACAAUGAGCUGUUCGAGAGCAAAAAAUUUAAAGGCACAGAUCCAAUAAAAGAAGUGACCGAGCAUAUCAGAGAUGUGAAAAUUGAAGAAAAGCCCAAAGAAGUUAAAGUAGAGGUGGUAGAUGAGGGUCCGCCCAAGUACUUCAAGUCGGUACUGAAGAAAGGCGACAAGACCAACUUCCCAAAGAAGGGCGACGUUGUGGGCUGCUGGUACACUGGCUCCCUGGAGGAUGGAACUGUGUUUGACACCAAUAUUCCCGCAGCCGCCAGAAAGAAGAGACAGACCAAACCACUGUGCUUCAAGGUCGGUUUGGGAAGAGUCAUCAGAGGAUGGGAUGAGGCCGUGCUAACAAUGAGCAAGGGGGAAACAGCCCGAGUGGAGAUCGAACCAGAGUGGGCCUAUGGAAAGAAGGGUCUCCCUGACAACAAAGUACCACCCAAUGCCAAGCUGAUCUUUGAAGUGGAGCUUGUGUCAGUGGAUUAACUGACUUCACGUUUGCCAGCAUGCAUCACACUUACAGAUGGACAACACGAUCGCGACUGUGCUGUGACUACUUCCUCUACACCUUAUCUCACAUUACAUUAUGUACAACAGGCUGCAUCAAGAAAAAACGACCACUUACUUCAAAUGUUUUUGGCCAAAUGGAAUGGCUUGUUAAUAAUGUACAUAUAAUCAUCCUGAAAUAUUUUUGUUUCUGUUUACAUGUAAAAUGUAAUUGAUAAAUAAACUUGUUUUGUGGACUUAGUUCAUACUUAAAGGAAA